CCCUGCCCUCUUUCUUGGGGACUGUGAGCUUUGGGGGAAAUGCUCGAUUUCUUCUUAUGCCUUCUGUAGGUGGGGAUUCCUGGGACCGCGUUCAAGCAUGGACUCCUGGGACUCUCUUGGCUUUUUAAUCCUCGUCCUCAGCUAUAAUGUGACAAUUAUAGGGAAGGUCUGGUUAACCGUAACAAUCCUGCUGAGGAUACUGGUGAUCUUCUUCGCAGCCUACCCUCUUUACCAAGACGAGCAGCAGCGCUUCAUCUGCAACACCUUGCAGCCGGGAUGCUCCAACGCGUGCUAUGACAUGUUUGCGCCCGUAUCCCACUUCCGGUUCUGGCUCAUCCAGACGGCCUCUGUCCUGCUCCCGUAUACCUUGUUCUGCGUCUACGUCUUCCACAACGUGGCCAGGCGGCUUGUGAAGGCUCACUCCCUGCCUUAUCGUCGAUAUAAAGAGAUCAAAGCCACGUCGGGCCUCAAAAUGUCCAAGAAGCCUUCCAAAGGGGCAGCGGGGAGUCGUGAGGCAAACAAAAUGGACAUUCCUGAUUUUUCCAGAGCGUAUACAGUCCAGCUCCUUCUGAGAAUGCUGGUUGAAGCCUGUUUUGGAUCGGGCCAUUAUUACCUUUUUGGAUUCUUUGUUCCCAGACGGUUCGCCUGUUACCAGUUUCCUUGUGCAAACUAUGUUGAGUGUUUUGUGUCCAGGCCCACGGAAAAAUCUGUCAUGGUGUUCUUCAUCUGGGGGCUCAGCGGCUUUUCCUUCCUGCUCAGCCUCGUCGACCUGACCUUUGCCUUCAGAAGCAACAUCGUCCGAAGUCACCGAAAUAAGCUGUUGUUGGAAAGGCUCGGACCCGAGGAGAGGUGCGGUCCUGGGAUACUCCAGGGCAACAAGCCGAGCAAAGACUUACUCGACUUAGGGAAAGGAGGCCAAGGCAUUCUAGUCACCCCAGCCAACUGUGAGAACGCGAACUCCUCUUUGUUUGGCUGUGAAGUUAAGAAAGACGUGCCGUUUCCACCUGCGUUGCCUUCCCAGCCAACCAUCAGCUUCAACCUGAAUGGCAAUAAGCCGUGUGUCGCCACAAAUCAAGAGGGGAAAGGAACGCCCGUCCAGGGAGGCGAGCCACGUGAGAUGUCGCAGGAGCAAUCUAAAUGCAAUCAUCUGCCGGGUCCCCUAAAAGGUGCUUUAGCUUUCAAGCCCCAAGACGGGUGCCCACGGGGAACUCCUCCAUCUGCGAGUUCCAGCAAGCCUUCAGUCCAUUAUUCCUCUUUGGAGAGGAAGGCUUCAGACGUUCAGUCCGUCUGUAGCAGCGGUGGAUGCUCAAAGUCUAAAAAAUCUGAAUGGGUGUGAAAAGCGGGAUGCUGCAGCGCUGUUCCUGCAUCGUGAAGUCCCUUCUCAUAUCACUGAAUAGAAACAGUCCUCCCGGAAGAGUGUAAUGUCUUGCACCCAACAUAUCACCGCUGUACUUUUGUGGCUGUUUAGCGUUAGAGCGGGGUGUGUUCGGUUUUGGUCCUAGCAACUGUUCUGAAUUAAAGCAAGCAGAAUGUGUGCCCGUUACACAGUAUAAGAAGGGGAUCAUCUGCAUGAAUGUAAAGCAUCGUAUGACUGUAGAAGGAAGAUCACACUGUAGCUGUUCGUCGGUUUGUCUAAGAAGACACUGUGCGAACCUCACCAAACAACAUCAGCUUCCAUGUUUUGGUUAUCAAAAGGAAGUCUCUAGUAGACCAUCUUGUUAGAGGAGAACUUGAAUGUGCAGGCUUAGUAUUUAUUCACGUCUCCGAAGCCAAACUGGGGCUGACCCAGAAUUCCCAUUUUUUAGUGUUCAGCUAGAUCAGGGGUCUGCAGCCUGCGGCUCUCCAGAUAUUCAUGGACUACAAAUCCCAUCAUCCCCUGCCAGCAUGGCCAAUUGGUUGCAGACCCCUGAGCUAGAUCUUUGUGUGCUUUCUCUGAGCCCUUAUUCAAAUACCGGUAAGCCCAGAAGUCAUUUUGUUGAGAAUCUUGGCAUUCAAAUUAACAAGUCAACAUUCUGGCCCUGGCACUGAUGUGCUUGACAUUUAUUUACUUAUUUCAUUUAUAUCCCGCUUUUCUCACCCUUGGGGACACAGAGAGGCUGACUUCAUUUUCCCAUCCUCCUUUUUGUCCUCACAACAGCUGUGUGUGGUAGGCUAGGCUCAGAGUGUGCGGCUGGCCCAAAGUCACCCAACAAGCUUGCAAGGCAGGGUCAGGAUUUGAAUCUGGGUCUCCCAGAUCCUAGUUGAGCUCUUGCAAUUAAAAUACCAUGCUAGCUGUGUGUGUGUGAGCAAUGCCUUCUGAAAUGUCAGAGUCUACAGUAGGGCCUGAACAAGAUUCCUAGUGGCUAGGCAACUCUGUUUCAUUGCUUGCAAGUCACAAUAUAGAUCAGCUCAGCUCUCUUAACUCAGUCCUUUGUUUGGGUAGAAGAGGUGGGUAUUGUUGACUGAUAUUUCAGCAAUACAGAAUUACAUAACAGAUCUUUUUGUUCAACGAGCCAUUAAAUGAUAACUCAGUGGUAGCUGUAUUUCUUCCCACUGGAAUUCACACUUUGGAAUGUUUUGCUUCUCAUCCAGUUCUUCUCAGAGCAUAAGGGUCUGCAACCUGUGGCUCUCCAGAUGUUAAUGGAUUACAAUUCCCAACAGCCCCUGCCAAUUGGCCAUGCUGACGGGCUGAUGGGAAUUGUAGUCCAUUAACAUCUGGAGAGCCACAGGUUGCAGACCCCUCUCCUCUUUCAUUUUGUGCUAGCGCUGCUCAUAGGAUUGCAUGACUGACUUAAGAAAUGCUGCCCUCUAGAGGCCCUGGAAGAGCCUGCAUGUUUGAACAAAGUAUAGGCACAGCAGAAUACGAAUGUCAUUCUUUAUAACAGUGAAUGAUUAUAAACCACACUCAAGCCUGAGCUCCGUCGUCCAGCCCGUUCUACCAGUUUAAGGAGAAGCUGUGAAUUUAAAAUUGCACAAAAAACCCCUUUUGCGUGGUUCGUUUCUAUUGCUCUGACCCUCUAGGAAAUUUAAGGUUCUCUGUACUGAAUUCCUUGGUAGUUACCCAGCCCAAGCACCUAGUUCAAGAGUAUGCAUUAGGAUCCUUUCUUUCAUCUCUUACUUGUAUUCCCCUGUUCUGGUCCAACACGUUUCUCUCUGUGUAUUUUUUAAAACUGUAUUCACAAACAGGACCAAUACUGGUGGUGCCACAUAGAACCAGUUGCCAAUUUCAUUCUUCUACUUUGUGUUGCUGCUCAGUGAGGUUGUGACUCUUAAGGUGAAUAGAAUGCAGAUCCAGUGUCUUUCUGAGCACAGCCUAAAACUUUAACCUGGGUCGAUUUGUAAAUAUCCCAGAAUCUAAGCAUCCAUGGUGGCUUUUUAAGCGAUCUUUACUGUUGUCCUAGCCUUCACUUCAGUAGCAGAAUGACGGUUAGGGGACUUUUUAACCAGGUUUUGAAAGAAUGGACAACUGAGAGCAGAAGGAAACAACAGAAGCUUCUGGAUGAAUCUUUUAAACUGUAUGAUAACUGAUGCAGAAGUUUUCCCCAGGUACAUGCUUGAGAAAUUGCUGGAUUGAUUCUCAUUCUACUCGCCUGUCAGAAGCAAAAGGCUGAUUUUUCAGUGGACAGUUCAGCCACUUGCAAACCACUGAAGCAGUUCCUGAAAUGUGGCCAAGUCACAUUUAUGUGAAACACCUCUCCUGCCGCCACUACUGGCCCUGCUGCUCACUGCUAAUUGUUUUAAAUCCAAAUAUAGUCAAAUCACAUAGUCAUGAAAAAUAUGAAGUAAAAACACUUUGUUGUACUAUUGGGUGUCUGAGUUUAUUGUGUGACAAUAGCUGCUGAUCUGUGAAGGCUGGUUAUUGUUUAUACAUGUGUGUUCUCAUAUAGACUACUGGGAAAUGAAGUUCACUUUGCCCAUCUUUUUUUUUAAGUUGUUAACUGUAAAAAUUGCAAUAAAGAGAUGCCUUGCUGGUGGAA